AAAAAAAAAUCCCGACUGGUCUAUUGUGAAAGUGGGGUCUGUGUUAUUGGCGUUAAUAUUAUUCCCGUCGCCGUUUUGUGUCUGAGGAGGGGGAGGGACCCGGGGGAAAGAUCCCUUCAGGCGAACGGCGAGGGCAGCCCUGGCGCGGGGCCUUUGCUGCGAGUGAGACGGAGGAGCCAGGCUCUGGAGGAGCAGAGGGACCUUCUCCUUCUUCUUCGGCCGGAGACGGAGCCUCCCCCAUGGGAUGAGGUGCCUAGCGUCGGUGCGGAGAACCCCUCUUAGACUCCAUCUCCGGAGAUGGCCGACUCGGCCACUGUUGCGGUCCUGCAUCUGAGGAAGGGCCGGCUGCCCGGUUGGACGAGAAUGAGACAGCUUUGAAGAAACACCACCGCCUAGGAUAUGAGCGACUCCACCGUAGACUCCUCACCAUCACCCGAGGAAGCUUCAGGGGAGAUGCCGGCAGCGGCGGCACCAGGAACACCCCCCCAGGGGAACGGUGGGGGCACAGCGACGGCACUGGGGGUCAUCACGGAAGGGGUGGGUGAGCUGGCCGUCAUUGACCCUGAGGUGGCCAAGAAAGCCUGCGAGGAGGUGCUGGAGAAAGUCAAGCUGAUGCACUGCAUCUCGCCUGAUGGAUCCAUCCGGUUGCGGGAGGGCGGGGGUUCCCCGCGGCACCUCGGCCCGUCCCUGCCCAACGGGGAGUGCUGCGAGAUCCGCUGUCUGGACGACCCCCCGGAGGACAAGAUCCAGGAGGAAGAGGAGCAGCAGCAACAGGAGCAGAUGCCAGCAGGGUUCAGUUCGGUGAAGAGUGCCCGUCGCCGGCAGAAAAACAACUCGGCCAAGCAGUCGUGGCUGCUGCGUCUCUUUGAGUCGAAGCUCUUUGACAUCUCCAUGGCCAUCUCAUACCUGUACAACUCCAAGGAGCCCGGGGUGCAGGCCUACAUCGGGAACCGGCUCUUCUGUUUCCGGAACGAGGACGUGGACUUCUACCUGCCGCAGCUGCUCAACAUGUACAUCCACAUGGAUGAAGAUGUGGGGGACGCCAUCAAGCCGUACAUCGUGCACCGCUGCCGCCAGAGCAUCAACUUCUCCCUCCAGUGCGCCCUCCUUCUGGGGGCCUACUCCUCUGACAUGCACAUCUCCACCCAGCGCCACUCCCGCGGGACCAAGCUGCGCAAGCUGAUCCUCUCGGAUGAGCUCAAGCCAGCCCAGAGGAAGAGGGAGCUGCCGGCCCUUGGCCCAGCACCUGACAUGGGCCUCUCGCCGUCCAAAAGGACUCACCAGCGCUCCAAGUCGGACGCCACUGUUAGCAUUAGCCUCAGCAGCAACCUGAAGCGGACGGCCAGCAACCCCAAAGUGGAGAAUGAGGAUGAGGAGUUGUCAUCGAGUACGGACAGUGUUGAUAGAUCCUUUUGCUCCCCCGUCCGCUUGGCCCCCGAGCGUGAAUUCAUCAAGUCACUGAUGGCCAUUGGGAAACGCCUGACGACGCUGCCCACCAAAGAGCAGAAGACCCAGCGCCUCAUCUCUGAGCUCUCCCUGCUCAACCACAAGCUGCCGGCGCGCGUCUGGCUCCCCACUGCCGGCUUCGACCACCACGUGGUGCGGGUCCCGCACACCCAGGCUGUCGUGCUGAAUUCCAAGGACAAGGCUCCUUACCUAAUCUACGUGGAAGUACUUGAAUGUGAAAACUUUGAUACCACUAACGUCCCGGCCCGGAUUCCAGAGAACCGUAUCCGCAGCACGCGCUCUGUGGAGAACCUUCCAGAGUGUGGGAUCACCCACGAGCAGCGAGCCAGCAGCUUCACCACCGUGCCCAACUACGACAAUGACGACGAGGCCUGGUCCGUGGAUGAUAUUGGGGAGCUGCAAGUGGAGCUGCCAGAGAUGCACACCAACAGUUGUGACAACAUCUCCCAGUUCUCUGUGGACAGCAUCACCAGCCAGGAGAGCAAGGAACCUGUCUUCAUUGCUGCAGGAGAUAUCAGGCGACGCCUCUCUGAGCAGCUUGCUCACACUCCAACGUCGUUCAAGAGGGACCCCGAGGACCCCUCUGCUGUCGCCCUGAAGGAGCCUUGGCAGGAGAAAGUCAGGCGGAUCCGGGAGGGCUCUCCAUACGGCCACCUCCCUAACUGGCGCCUGCUCUCUGUCAUCGUGAAAUGUGGCGACGAUCUCCGGCAAGAGCUGCUGGCCUUCCAAGUUCUUAAACAGCUGCAGUCCAUCUGGGAACAGGAGCGUGUCCCACUAUGGAUCAAGCCAUACAAGAUCUUGGUCAUCUCGGCCGACAGCGGCAUGAUCGAGCCAGUAGUCAACGCCGUCUCCAUCCACCAAGUGAAGAAGCAGUCGCAGCUCUCCCUCCUGGACUACUUUCUCCAGGAGCAUGGCAACUACACCACCGAAGCCUUCCUGACUGCCCAGCGCAACUUCGUCCAGAGCUGCGCUGGCUACUGCUUGGUCUGCUACCUGCUCCAGGUCAAGGAUAGGCACAACGGCAAUAUCUUGCUGGACGCUGAGGGUCACAUCAUCCAUAUUGAUUUUGGCUUCAUCCUCUCCAGCUCACCCCGAAAUCUUGGCUUUGAGACCUCAGCUUUCAAGCUCACCACUGAGUUCGUGGACGUCAUGGGUGGCCUGGAUGGUGACAUGUUCAACUACUACAAGAUGCUCAUGCUGCAAGGUCUCAUCGCUGCUCGGAAGCACAUGGACAAAGUGGUGCAGAUUGUGGAGAUCAUGCAACAAGUUUGUCCUCCAGGUUGCCAGCGGUGCUUAGGAGAAACGCAGGAGAGUCAGGGUCCUACAGUAGCGCAGGUCAUCUGUUCCCAGCUGCCCUGCUUCCAUGGCUCCAGCACCAUCCGGAACCUGAAGGAGCGUUUCCACAUGAACAUGACGGAGGAACAGCUCCAGCUGCUAGUUGAACAGAUGGUGGACGGCAGCAUGCGCUCCAUCACCACCAAGCUCUACGACGGCUUCCAGUACCUCACCAACGGCAUCAUGUGACCAGAGGCUGCGCUGGACUCUCUUGCCGCCGCUGCCGCCUCUUCCUCCUCGCUUCCCUUCUCCGUACCGGAUACAAACCGAGGAGACAAAAACUUCAUAGAGGGAGAAGGGGGAAUGGAAGGAAAAACCAACGGGUUUCUCCUCCUCCUUCUCUUCCUCCUCUUCCUGCCCCAAGGAGACGUCGCAGUGGCCAUCUUGAACCAGGCCUCCACUUUUAACUCAGGAUUCCUUUUAGACCCCUGAGGCGGUGGUGGGUGUUUGUGGGACGGCGACGGAAGGAGGAACCUCGAAGACUCGUAGAAAAACUUGCCACGUGGCAUUGUGUAGGAUCAUGUGGGGGGGGGGGGGGGGGAAGAAACCCACAAAACAAAAACCUCUGGGUAUUGGCUUUGGACACAACCGGCGAGGACAGAACCUUCCGGGUGUCAGGAAAAGGCAAAAAGGAAACCUACAGAACCAUGUUCGCCCAUUCCUCCCUCGCCCUCCUUCCUCUGGACCUUUUAUUUCAGUAUUAUUGUACCUCUUCAUGUUCUCCGAACUCUUUUCUUCCCUCCCACCCAUGCACCCCUUCUAAAUCUCACAAAUGUGUUUUUUGGGUCCAGGUGAGACAGGGAAAGAGGGAGCCAGAAAGAGGUUUGUUCUUGCGCAGGGUCAGGAAACUUCGCUGUUUCUGAGCCUCCCCCUUCCCCCCUCUUUUCUUUUUUUAAAGCGUCGUCUUUCCUUCUUCCCUUCCAGUUCUUUCCUCCCCACUUUCCACCCGGUGCAUGUUGUUGUUAUUAUUUUUUAAAAUGUGUGUGCAUUUCCGUCAAGGUGAUUAAAUCCCCUCCCCGCCGCUGUCUCCACCCCGUUUUUUUCUUUUCCCCCUUUAGUUCACGUUUUCAACGCAAAGGGUUGUGUAAACAUGAUUUCCGGAGGGCGGUAACCAGAUGCCUGUCAUUCCUCUCUUUUCUCGUAGUACGGUCCAGGGAUUUGGGGAGAGGUCUUGCCAUAGUGUCUUGCUUUCUGCAGAAAUGCACCCCAGCCUUUUCUCAUCCACUUUUGGUUUGUUAUAUAUGUGUGUGUGUGAGAGUCUGUGUUGCACAGUUUGCGGUGUGGGGAACACUCAAUCUUCAGUCACCAUCAUUGAUGGCUGGAGCUCACCAUCUUAGUUUGUGCUGCAUUCUAGCCGUUUUACACACUUGCAGAAGAUCCCCCAUCACACUAAGUUUACUCAUAACCGAUUCAGUUGUGGCCCCCAACUUCUUUGCCACACUUUUCGUUUCUCCCACCUGCGUUUCCGCGUUUCAUGUUUCCACUUCGCGUCUUUCUCUCCCUGCCUCUUCUUCUCUUUUGCAUCGCUGAGGCUGCCGCUUCUUAGCCGAAUAGUCCUCCGCCAGCUUAGACAGUGCCUUCUCCAUCUUUGCUGCAACGGUGAAUGUUUCCGAAUCCCCCGUUUGGGGUUUUUUCAUGGCAUAUGGGGAAAGCAUUUACCUUUGGGUAGAAUAAGGCUGCCACCAGGACCCACAAGUGUCUGAAAACGUGAAUGUUUUGCAGCAUGGGUUUUGGAAACGGCUCUCCUUGUGUGUUUGCUGGAUCGCCUAGGAUCAUGUCUUUUCAACACCUCCCUGGAAAAGACGAUUUCGGGUCAGUACUUUUUGGCUCACUGAAAAAUAAGGUGACUUGUUAGUCCUUUUUUAACGUAAAAAAGAAAUGUCAGUGUAUGCAAAUCUUUUGCAAGGGUUGGUGGGUGGAAUAAUGUCAUGGCUGUGUGUGUGUGUGUUUAUAAAUACAUCCAUGUUAACCUCUAUUUUUCCCUCUGUUUCCUGCGCAAUCUUUUUCUCAAUCUUUCUCCCGAAUCCUUUCUCUUUUCUGAGUAUAUUUCCCCCCUUCUAUAGCGUACAGUUUGGUUGUGUAGCACUUAACACUGAGGCACAAAAACUCUUCUGGGGGGGGGAAUAUUACUUAUAUUUUGAUGAUUUUUUGAAACAAUUAUGUGGGUGGGAAAGCAUCCGUUGGAUGGGAAAGCGCAGUAAAAAACGGAAGGCAAGAAGGUGGAGCAUCCCAUUCCUCGUCUCUUUCUCCGUCUCCAUUGCUUUGUCGUUGUCUUUCUUAACCAAACUAUUGAGCCCUUAAAAACACACUCAAAAGCCCCAGUAUCGCAAGGAGGCAAAAUUGCCAUUUGGGCCACUUGGUGCCAUCCUUUCAGGGGAGGAUCCCAAAACGUUGACACUUCGGGAGAGAUGCAAGAAGCCUUGCUUUUGUUCUGUGUGUAAGAGUGACGAGAAUGGAUUGUGUUAUCGAGAGAGAGAUCUUUCUGAGCAUCCCAUUCUGGCAGUCAGGGUUUGCAAAGCCGAUCCUGGAUAAAGAGGCACUCUGUGGCUUGGAUUUUGGGGAGAAAACAGGGGUCUGGCUUUGGCCCCAAUUCUCCUUCUGGUCUCUAUCUCUUGUGGGUUGUCUUUCUGAAAAGUCUCGCUUUGUUGGACACCCCUUUUGGGUUUUUUUCGUCUUUCUCUUGUGGGAAAGGGGUGCGAAGGAGAGAGUCAAAUGGAAAAGAAGGGGGCAUGGCCGAUAGAGGCCUAUGAUUGUUGAGAAAAGCCACCCAUCUUGGCUGGUCAUGGGCACCUUUCCCCAAAUUUGGUAGAAUACGUUACUCUAAACCAGUGCUUCCGAAAUUCUUGUCCUCCAGGUAUUUGGACUGCAGAGCCUAGAAGCCUCCACCAUUUGGGGUAGUGGUCUGGCAUUCUGGGAGCCGAAGUCCAAAACACCUGGAAGGACAGAGUUUGGGGAUCGCUGCUUCUAAACUAUGGCCCCUUCAGGCUGCUAGACAGCAACUCCCAUCAGCCCCAGGUGAUGAAGGGGGUGAUCGGAGCUCUAGUCCAAGAGCAUCAGGAGGAUUGGGCAUGCCCCACAUUUGUGGUUAAUGCGUGUCCGUGCGGAGUGGAGACAUGAAGCUUUUUCUUGGUCAAGAUUGGUUGGGAGAAGCUUCCAGUGGACCAGUUUUGUUGCUUUAACCCAAUUGUCACACACACAACCAUGGAUUCCCCUUGUUUUCUCCAAGGGGCUUGGGUUUUGCGGUUGAUCUAGCAGGGGAGAAGUUCAUUUGGACCCAUUGCCGUAACCAUUUGCCUUUUUGUCUUUCCAGGAGCUUCCGGGUGACUGUGGCAGCCGCUGGCGGCCGGGAGAGAUUGCAACCAUCACAUUGUGACUUUUGGCAGCAACAAAGAACACAACACAACGCAGGUGGUUUGCCAGAAGGCGAGAAGAAACGGAUGGGCAAAGAAGGGAUUGCUGCAACUCUCCAAACCAGCAGCGACUACGACAGUCACGCGGAGGCUUCCGGGCGUCUUUCGGAAUAUCCACACAUCCCUCUUUUCCUGCUCUUCGAGUCUGGGUUCUUCUCUCUUUUCAUUACCAGUUUGCAUUAACACAUUCUUUGUUAAAAAGCGUUCCGCAUGUUUUGCAAAGAAUGGCGGGCGGCUCCCCGGUUUUUCCGCGCGCCUCGCUCUGCGUUUUGUGUCCCGUCGCCUUUCCCCCUUCCCUCCCUCCCAACGCUCUGUUCAGUAAGGAUGGGCCAAGCCCCCCAAGAUACUAUGAAACAAACCAAUAUUUCUAAUAAUUAUAAUAAUAAUAAAAAGCACCCUCCAGGGGGACCGUGCUCGAUAUUUGCA